AUGUCCGAUGCUUUUAAAACUGAUGAUCCUGGUGAAAAUAUCAAUCGGAAGAAAUAUGUGCCGUCAGCGUGUCAUACGUGUCGAAAAGAUCAUCGAAAAUGUACUGGUAAACCAAAAUGUAAAAGAUGUAUUUAUAAAGGCGUCUUGUGUACCUUUGGUAUGUUCAAAAAAAAGCGUGGACCAAAGUCCAAAAGCAACAAUAACGAUAAGCCAGGAGAUCCAAAUAUUGUUGAUAACGAUCCUAUAAAUCAGGUUAUACAGAUGCUCAUUCAAGAAUUAAACAGCACAAAAAAUUUUAUGGUUGAUGAUGACUUAUAUUAUUUGAAAAGCCCACCACAAAUUAUAAGCAACAUGUAUGUUGGGAAUGUGUUGCCUUUAUAUCCCUUGAAUACGGUUUAUAAUAUGCCCACUGGAUGUCGCGAAAUUGAUUACCUAAGCUUGCAAUAUAAACUAUCUAUUAAAGAAGUGGUUGAUAACUCUUUAGAUAAGAUUAUUACUAAGUUCAAUCCAAAUACUGUUCAUAACGAUCAACAACUGAUAAAGAUGUUAAUUCAGGAAUUAAACAGCACAAAAGAAAGCUUAACUAUUGCAUUGAAAAAUCUUAUGGUUGAUGAUGGCUUAUAUUCUUUGGAAAGCCCUCCACAAAUUAUAAGCAACAUGUAUGAUGGGGAUGUAUUGCCCUUAUAUCCCUUGAAUACGGUUUAUAAUAUGCCCACUGGAUGUCGCGAAAUUGAUGACUUAAGCUUGCAAUAUAAACUAUAUAUUAAAGAAGUGGUUGAUAACUCUUUAGAUAAGAUUAUUAUUAAGUUCACAUAUCUAUUGCGGGUGGAAUAA